AUGGGCGAGCAUCUUGGCUAUGAUCUUGUUCAUGCUUCCGCUGCACCCCAAAGUGCAGAGAAAGGCAUUGAUAACGUCGUUAGUCCUGAGUGGCUGCCUAACUUCAGUGACGGCAGUAGUUCGCUGCCCUACGCAGAAUGCAUCGCACAAGAACCACGGAGAUGGUAUUCCGUCGUUCCGCUAGGUCUGAAGCUCGAUAUCAAACUCUAGCGCUACCACUCAUUCUGUUCGUUUCUCGGAGCCUCCACACCGUUUGAUGCGAGACGACGCCUACCGAGGCAUGUUCAUCCCGGAAGACACCACGGUCUUGGUGAACGCUCCUUUCAUGUCGGGCCGCCACUGACUUGUUUUUCUCUCACGCCAUUUCCAACGGCGAAGA